UGCACUUCAACAUGAUUUCAAACACAUUAGCUUCCACCUUCGCUAUGACCUCGUCGCUUGAAAGCCACCAUUCGACUUCUUUAGACUCCAAGCUUAAAAACUCAUCCAUUAAUGCCACAGAAACAAAACUUUCCUGGAUAAAAUUCUUGCUUCCGGUUAAAAGUUCGACGCAUUGAUAUUUCUCAGCAAGGUAAAAAGUUUAAAUACAGUUUGAGUAGUUCAUCUUCUGCUCUAGGAUUCGACCGGAAAUAACUUUCAAGCUGGGUAGUAGUAGAUAAUUUGCUGCAGCGACGAGUUCUUCCCCACUUUCCUCGGUCACUUCCACAGUUCCAGUGUAGAGAAAUUAAAGAACAUCUUCCAUAACUCAAAGCGAAUAUUUUCCUCUUUAUUCUCCUUCAUAUCGCUCUGAAGAAGCUUGCAAAAGAACGGACUUGCAGCGGAGAGCACAUUUCUGUGAGCAUUCAACUCUUUGCCUUCUUUCGUCACCAAAGUUAUGUUGCAGAACUGUACUCCCCAGUUUAAUCUACUCAUACACUGACCCGCAACCCUCCACUGAUUGCUGAACACUCAACACCGAUGGUUGAGGAGUGUUUGUAUCAAGCAUUUUCUCGUCACUACUAACCCCGGUUAAAUGGUGUGCAUUCCAUCCUUUCCUCUCCCAUCUUCCGUACCUCUUUCCCCCAUCUCUGCGCCUGUCCCCUGAGUGUAGCCGCCCCUUGCUAAGCCGCGGCAGCCUAAGUACCAUAAAGUUCUACUAAUUCCGUAUGCGUGUUUCGACGUAUUGAUCACAGCCAACUCUGCUUACAAACCUUGAAAACAAGGCUAAUAUUUUGACAAUGGAAGACCUUCCACCCAUCGCUAUCACUGAACAAAAUCCUUUCUGUCUGGAAAUGAUGAAACGGCUCAACAUACAAAGAAAACAAGGCCACUUGUGCGACAUAACUUUGAUUACGAAAGAUGACCAGGAAUUAAAAGCUCACAGAAAUGUUCUUUCCGCUGCGAGUCCGUUCUUUUGCAAACUUCUUCAGAGCGACAUGAAGGAAAAUCGGGAAGGGGUCGUUCGGUUUGAGGAGAUUUCGGAAUCUAUAAUGGAAGAUGUCCUGGAAUUCAUCUACACUGGAACUGUGGAAGUAACUCAAGAAAAUGCCGACGAGUUAGUCGCUCCAACGAAUUAUCUCAUUGUCCCAAAUUUGAAAACAAUCCCUGGUCGAUAUUUACAACAAAAAAUGUGUGCAACAAACUGCAUUUCAACCUUUUACUUCGCCGAGAAAUACGACUGUGAAGAGCUUGUAAGCGACAGCAAGAGUUUCAUUCACGAGAACUUCGCGUCUGUGGCAGUCAUGGAUGAAUUCCUAAGUUUGGAAGCAAAAGAGGUGGAGAGAUGGAUUUCAAGUGAUGAGAUUGUUGUUGAAGCGGAAGCCGAUGUUUUCCAGAUAUUACAAAAGUGGGUUGAACAUGACAAGAGCGAGCGGAAAGCAGCGUUUGAAGAGCUGCUUCGUCACGUUCGACUGGAUUUCGUAUCGCGUGACUAUCUAUUGAAUGUCGUGACAAACGAACUCGUGCGUGACAACGCUGGCUGUUUCAGACUGGUUUCAGAUGCCAUAAAACAGACUACGUUUUCAAGCGAUGAUAAUCUUUCCCAGUCCCCUAGAAAAGGGCUAGACACACGUGCUAUAGUGGCUUGUGGAGAAGAAUAUGCCUUCUGCUAUGUCCCUCAGAAAGAUGAGUGGAAAAGAUUACCCAACAGGUUGGCAAAAGAGCAGUUCAACAACCUUUCAACCAACAUGAUAAGAUUUCGUGAUCAGUUGUUCAUGUUUCAUUACUGGGGUCGAUCAGAGAGGUAUGAUCCUGUUUUUAAUGGUUGGUCAUCAGUCCCUUUUGACAUAUGGCAGGACAAAGUGACUGUCAUUGGAGGAGAGUUAUUUUCUAUUGACCAAACUUUCAAGAAAAUUAAGGGAGUUAAAAAACUCUCAAAAACUACAACUAUUAAAAAAUUCCUUGUAGAGUCAUGUUCAUGGAAACAGUUUCACUCCUCUUCUGAGUGCUACAGGAAAGAGUCUUGUGUCAUUGGAUCUGGUAACUUUUUGUAUCUUUUGGGUGGGAAGUUCCCACGUACAUCCCAAUAUGUCGCAAAAGCUGACAGAUUUGACAUUACAGAAAAGAAAUGGGAAGAAAUCACAGAUAUGCAACAGGCAAGAGGUGGGGCUUUUGGCGUGGCCACUCAGGAAAAUAUUUUUGUUGCUGGCGGUGCAGAUAAAGAAAACACAGUGUUGAUAACGUGUGAAGUGUACAAUGUUUCCUCAAACGAAUGGCAGUUGAUUGCAAACUUGAAUGUUUGCCGCACACAUGGUAGUAUGGUUUGUCAUGGUGGAACAUUGUAUGUGCUGGGUGGCUUUGACCAAACUAAGGAAAAUCCGGAAUAUUCAGUUGAAUGUUAUGACUCCACACAGGGCAAGUGGAUUGUGAAGACAACCAUACCAGUGGAAAAGGACUGUAAGAAUGAAUAUGCAUUCAAAGGCUGUGUGCUGAAUUUCUCUAAAGGAGUAUUGGACAAUCUUGCUGAUGCAGUUGAACAGAAAGUUUGACGGUGCCUCAAACUGUAGUCAUAUGAAGGAAAAUAACUUGAGGUUGAACUACACUAAAGAAACAAUUUGUAACAGCAAAAGAAUCCCCUUGACCAAAGCUAGAAAAAGUUUGGUAGAACAAUGACAGAACUUUCCUAUCAACCUGAGUCAGGAAAGAAAGAUGGAAUUUCCCCUGCAGAAAGUUAUGCAAAGCUCAUGAAAAAAACUUAAGUUAGUCCAGUUGCUCUCAGUAAU